CAUGCAUACGUAUGUAUAUGUUGCUCUCCGUCUCCACGGUCUAUGAUUUUAUAUACAUUAUAAUAUGCUGAACUGUCUUGGUCUUCCAAGCUUCCAACUUCCAAUUCCAACAUCAAGAGCAAGACCAACCAGAAGCAGAACCAGCAAAAGCAAACGCAACGCAAAGUAAAGUACGACUGGAAGCGUCGCCGUCGCAUGCCCAUACAAUUCUUGGAAAUAUAAAAUAUUUGUGUUUUCCAUUCCCAUUCCCAUUGCCUUCCCACAUAAAAGUGAUACAAUAUAAUUCUUCGAGUUCGAGUGGAAAUGAAAUGAUAAGAAAAUAAAUCGAUUACACAGUGGAGACAGUCACAGUGCAAAUGCACUGGAAAUGAGUGUUCAAACUUCAAAUAGGAAAAUAAAAAUUCGGAUACAUGUAGAUUGUAGAGAGAUGAUGUAUGUAGAAGUAGAGUACACCUGAGUGGAAAUGUGCGUGUAUUUCUUCAUUAUGUGAAGGUGUUGUGUUUUGGUUUUAAUUUCGGAAUAUUAUUUUUUAUAAUUAUUGUGAAAUAAAGUAAUUUAAAGUCGAGUGCGAAAAUAAAAUAAUUCAGGCUAAAAAGUGAUAUUUUGACAUCUCUCUCUCAUCGUCUAUAAUUGCCUUGAAGAGCUCUCAGUCUCCAUUCCUAUAAAAUUGAAGAAAAUGAUUUAAAUAAUAACAUUUGAAAUUGAUAAUAUACAAUUAUUUGUUUUAUGUGGUGUGUUGUCCUUUGUUUGUACUUAUUUCGACAAUAAAAUAAACUAUGCUUUUGUUUUCGGCUGUGCUUUAUUCUUCGAUCUGUAUUGUCAGCAAAAUAUUAUUAUCAUCGUCGGUGCCUAUUAUAAAUUUAUGUCUUAAAAGAAAAACGUGAAAAUAUUGGUCUUCAUUAUUUUGUUAUAAACUAGCUUAGUGUGUUUUGUCUUUUGGACUUUUAAUUUUUAAAUUUAUUUGUGUACUCGAAGAGACUUUUAUUUUUAUUUUUGUGUAUUAUGUUACACGCGUAAAUAUAACCCAUAUUAAAAUAUAUAUCUCAUUUUGUUAUAAUUUCCUCAUAUACCAAUUAAAAAUUAAAAAAAAAAGUAUUAAAAACGAAAAUAAUAUCAAACAAACUAAGUAAUUAUGUGUAAUGUACCACCAAAGUUCUAUCAAGUUUGUCGGUUGUGCCUGAGUCUGGUCAAUGACUACGAUGUAGAAAAGCUUAACAUUUUCGAUUCACCUUGUAUCAAUAAUAAUGCGAGUCACCAUCAACCUCAAUCGAAGAAAGCUAAGUAUUUCCAUGAUAAUGCUGAAACAAAUAAGUUUGUUGAUGAAAGAAAUGGAUCAGAAGCUUAUCAGGGGCAGCAGAAUCUAUCAAAUAGAAGAACAGCUGACGGUCACGGGAACGGGAGCGGGAACAGGGACGGUGAUGGCGAUGGCGAUGGUGACGGUGAUUCAAUAUCAUCAUCUUCGCCUUUGUUAUUGCCAGAAAUAUUACCAACAAGCUCCCCAAAAUCACAGUCACAGCAGCAGCAGACUUUUUUGGACCGCAAUGACCUCAAGAGUGUAGGUAGAAGCAAAAUAAACGGUGGCAACGAUAGUAUUCGAGAAAAUAUAAAUGAGGGAAUUUCAAUUAAAAAUCAAAAAGAGGUGAAGUCGUUAUCAUCAAUAACACCAAUUGUGCCAUCAACAACAUCGACAAAAUCUGCUGAAAAUGUGGCGCAUCAUAUACCUUCACCCAAAACGGCUUCACCAUCACCAUCACCAACAUGGAAAAUUAAAUUAGAGCCUUCUACUGGUUCGGGGACCGCUUCGACAGCGGAAACCGAGAUAGGUAGUGGUGAUGUCAAAAAAAGUUUUAAUAGAUUUACUGCGGCGGAUACAAGAGAAGAAAAUGAAGAUGAUGAUUCAUCAUCAGAUAUUAUCGGACAGAUAUAUAACUGCCUGUCCAUUAAGGUAACACCAAAUGAUGGUCUUCCUUCAGUUGUAUGCUACGAAUGCAGAAACAAGCUAGGCGACUGCUACCAGUUUCGCCUAAUGGCACUCAAAACACAGAUCGAUUUAAAAUCAAUUCUUCAACAACAUUUAUCUAAAAAUAUUUCGGAAUCUAAACGAAGGUCUUCUGUUACACUUAACAAGGUACUUAAACCCUGUUCCGUUCGUAAAACAUCGGAAACAAUGGCGGCUACAGCAUUAACUGAACUAAGUAAAACUUCAAAUAAAAAUAACAUUAAUAAGCUUCAUCGUAUGAACGAUGUACACACAAAACUUAUAAAAAGUAUUAAACUGCCACAGAUGUCCUCCCUUGGUUCUUCUAUUGAUAACCCCAAUGAUACAAAAGAAUCAACUUCACCUUCCAUUUAUAUCAUACCUUUAAUAAAAUCCGAGUAUGUUGACACAAAUAUCAAUCAGAAUAUACCGCAAGAAUCAGCAGAAACUUUUGGAAAAGACGAUACCAUUGUACAGCAACAAUUGAAUUUCGAACAAAAAUACAUUCUCGAUAAUGAAAUUAAACAAACUAAAUCUUCCCACACCACAUCAAUCCCUCAAAACCCAGCAUUGUCUAUCGAAAACCUAACACAAUUGCAACAACACUUAGAAACCGCUGCAGUUUUAAUGGACAUCAGCAAGAAGGUUAUAAUUUCUCCUCCAAACUCGAAUCCACAGUCUCCGAAUCUCAAUACCCCAUCAAAUGAUACAUGUAUUAAUAAUUCUGUGAUAAAAUCUAAGCAAACAGCAGAUGCCAGUAAACAAACCAACGAAGAAGAAGUAAGCAUAAUCGGGAGCAAAAUAUUAAACUUAAACAAAGAAAAAGAUAUUACUCAACGUCAAAUGUCUCAAGCCCCUAUCUCUUGUAAACCAUUGCUACAUUUAAGCAAUAAUACAACAGCAGGAGGAAUCAGUAGUAGUAGUAACAAUAUGCACGAUGUACAAGUGACAGCAAUUGUCAAAAAAAGUAUUGAAAUCGAUAAAGCUGCUUUACCUCAGUAUAGUGGUUCAGAAGAAAGUUCUGACUCGGGGCGGCUGCAUAUGGAUAUUGGAUCUCUUGAUAUUGAAGAACUUGAUCGUCCGUCCAAAAAAAGCGCAACUAAUUACGAUGAUAUAAUUGAACGACAUUCUUUAGAUAGUGUUUCAUCUGAAGAACAUGGCACAGAUCCUGCAACAACACAACUUUGGCAAGCUUUAGCUCAUACUGCAGUUAAUGGUGAGGAAAGUCAUGCUACACAACUGCUCAGACAAAUGAUAAACUGUAGGUCAUUUCCCUUUCCCCUACCUGUUGGCGGUGACCAAGCUAAUAAUGUGCCCGAGGAGCCAAUAGCUUUACUUAAGAACAAUGCUGCAGAAGAAAAGUUGUCUAUUAACAUGAAAACUGGCCGCAGGAAACAGGCCUGGCCCAGCAAAUCUGACUGCAAAGAUCUACUUGAAAAUGCAGGUCAUACAUUUAAGAGCCAACAUCACUCUGAAGAUAAUUUAGAUCGCGGUAACUGGACAAAUACGCCAGGAGACAAAUCUAAGAACAAAAAUUCAAGUUUUAUUAGCAGCCAAAAAGAUAUGUCCUGCUCGAAUUGUGGAACACUCACAACUACCAUUUGGCGAAGAAAUAUUCGAGGUGAAAUGGUUUGUAAUGCUUGCGGGCUGUAUUUCAAAUUGCAUGGAGUUAAUAGACCACAUUCGAUGAGGCGCGAUACAAUACACACUCGGCGAAGACGUCCGAAAGGCAGUGAAACGGGUGGAAGAAAAAGAAACAAAAGCGCUGCAGUUAGCUCGUCAGAUAUAAGUGACCAGAAAGAAGACCUUCAAGUUUUGAAAAAUAGCAGUUUUUUUAUGGCGUUGGGUUCCAGUAAUCCAAACAAUGCCACUUUUCCUUCACAGCAUUACUCACAGUACCUGUGCUCACCACAAAAUACUCAAGUCGACAGUAAAAUACAAGUUGACAUAAAAAAAGAACGCAAUACAUCUCGAAACGGAGAAACUGAAAGCGAUAAUAGCAGUCAUGAGAAUGAGGGUUGUAACUCACCUUUAAAUUUAGUAUCAAAUGAAUCCCAAGUAAAACUUCAAAACAAUACUAACUUCAGCCGUUCAAAUUAAUAGCGUUAUACAAAAAAAAAAAAAAACAAACAAACAAACAAAUAUUUAAAAAUCGAACAAAUUUAACUUCUAAGGUAACAGCAUUAAUUUAUAAUAAAUCCAAUAAGCAAUUAAAUCAAAUUUGACAAUUAACAUGAUAUUAUUUUAUAAACGAAACAAAAGAAAAAAAAAACAAGAAAAUAUGGAUCAAAUUACUUUGAGUAUUUUAGUAUUUAUUUAGUAUAUAUAUUUAAAAGUUAAAAUUAAACAAAACAAAACAAACAAAUAAAAAUACUCAGUUUUUAAAGGAAUCAAAUAAUUAAUUAACUAUUAUUAAUAUUCACUGACGAUUGAUGAUUUCUGCAAUCAUAAAAACAAGAAAUCAUGUACUUAAUAUUGACCUUAGUUUAACUUUGGUAGAAGUAAACACGUCUUACUGACAUUCAGUAAUAUAUACUUAUAUAGUGGAAUAUAAUCAAUUAAAAGUAUAAAAAAGAAUUUGUACAUAAUUCCUUUGGCCUAAGCUGAAUGUCAUGACAACCACUAUGCUUAUGAACACUUAGUAUUAUUAUUACACUUCGAAUUUACUAAAAUUUUUUUUUUAUUAAUUAUUUUUUAACUCAAUUACUUCAUGUAUUAAACUUAAAACCUUAAUAUUUAUUAGACCGUAUACUUAUUACAAUUUUAAAUCAAAAAUACAAAAUAAACAAAAAAAAUUAAAAUUAAAAUGAACAAAUAAUAUUUGUAAAAAAGAAAACAACUAAAAAAACUAAUGUGAAAAAGUUUCUUGCCUAAAAUAUGCAAAAUGUGUGAUAAUAGAAUUACCUUCUCUUACUUUAUGUAUACUAUAUAUAUAAAGCCCUCCAUUUGGAUCGUAGUUAUGUACUAAAUCGAACAAUAUUUCAAAUUAUUCUCAUAUUUAAACAUUUUUCAAAUUAACUAACUAAACACGAAAUGAUUACAGAUAAAAAUCAUGUAAAAGCAAAUUAGAAACAUAAGAAGAACAUGCAUUGAACAGAGACAAAAAAUAAAAUCGAAAUUUUUAAAAUAUUAAAAAUAAUAUAAAAUUAAUGCUCUCAACUUUUUAUUAAACAAAAAAACAUACAUACAUACUUUUAAAACAUAUAAUAAGUAUUUUUUUAGAUCUAUAAAAUAUAUUUUAACAUUGAAAAUUAAGGAAUCAUAUAUGCAUUGCUUUAUUUUUAUAUGAAAACAAAAAAAAAAAGAAUUAAAAAAUUGUAAUAUAGUAAGAAAGAAAAAUAUAUACAAAAAAGAGCACUUUAAUAUAAUGAUAAUUAAUAAUUAACUUUUCAUCCGCGGCUAAUGAUUAUUUUGUUUGUGCAAAUUCAAGCGACAUUUUAUUUCACAUUUGUUUCCGCAUUCGUGGUUUCUGCAAAAAAAAAAAAGAAAAACAAAAAAAACAAUAUUUACAUUUUCAGAAAAUAAAGUAUUAUUUGAAACUUA